CCCAGGAGACGCUCUCAGCGUCCCGGUCUUGCACCUAGCCAGGCCACUGACCCGGGAAAAGAGGCCAAGCUGGCGCAAGGCACCCGGAACUUAGUCAGGGGACACAGAGCCGCAGUUGUCCCCAGAGCCAGUUUUUUGAGGUUUGUGGGACAAGGCUGGGGACAGGACCUGGUCAGCUCCCGGAGAAAGGGCUGCUCUUCCAUCCCAGGACCCCUGCCUCCAUUACUGGGCCUCCAGCUUCCCGAGACCCUCCUCCAGAAUCAACCUCUCCCUAGGGGAGCAGAAGGCCCUCUUCUAGACACCUCCUGGCCCACUAAGGAAGGACAGAUGCGGGAACAGGCACACCAGGCCUGCUUAGAGACUGCCGCCUGAGGACCCAGAGAGAUCCGUUAUCUGCAAAUUUUUUAGUGUUUCCUCCACCCAUCCCCCAGUCCUAUAUUGCCACGACAUUGCCGUGCUGCCCUGUGUGGAUGGCUCUGUCUCGGGUCUGACUGCAUCUCUCAGCUCUACUUCUUCCUACGGAAGCCUCCGUGGCAGCCUAUCUGCACCCCAACACUCCUCACCCUAUGACUUCAGGAGAAACCAGGCUCUCUGCCUCCUUCCUGAGAACCACUCUUAUCGUCCAUCACUUUAGAGGAGCCUUUAUUUUCCCCAAUGUCCGCCUUUCCCCCAGUUCCUGUGACUCGUACGAGGCUUGCAAUCUUAGCCAGGGAGAAACUGCCAUGCUCUCCAAGAACAAUUCCAAGGGCUCAGCUGAUCAAAGAGAAAGAUGACAUAGAUCAUUACCUGGAGAAGAAUUUCAAAGGACUGUCGAAGGAGGAGGUUGCUGCCCACAGGAACUCGUACAAGAAGAGCAUCUGCGUGGAAAUGCUGCGCGAUGGCUACCACAAGUCCUUCACGGAGCUCUUCGCCCUGACGGAGCAGUGGGACGCGUUGCGCCGCGCGGCCGAGGUGCGGUCCCUCUUCUGGCUGCAGAGGCCGCUGGAGGAACAGCCGGACAAGCUGGACAACUUCUACCACUACCUGACCAGGGCCGAGGCUGCUGAGAGGCAAGAAUACUACGAAGAAGUGUAUAACAACUUGUAUGCUCUGGCCUGUUACUUCGACAACCCUGAAGACAAGUGGGUGAGGAAUCACUUCUAUGAGCGGUGUUUCAAAAUUGCUCAGCGGAUCAAAUUUGACGGCGGGAAGAAGGAAGCGGAGGCGCAGGCACACAUGGGCCUUCUGUUCGAGGAAGAGGGUGAGCUUCUGGAAGCCGCCCAGCAUUAUGAAGCGUUCCAUGAACUGACGCAGGGGCGGAUAUGGAAGGACGAGACAGGUCAACUUCUCAACCUGCUGGCCUGUGAAAGCCUCGUGAGGAUCUACAGAUUGCUCUCAGACAGAAUGCUGGAAAACAAAGACUACAAACAGGCCAUCAAGAUUCUAAUGAAAGCUUCUGACAUAGCCAAGGAAGGGAGUGACAGGACCAUGGAAGGAGAAGCUGCUCUCUUCCUGGGCUCAGCCCACUUGGCUGCUGGAGAAUAUGAAACUGCACUCACAGUGCUUCGCAGGUACAGUGAGAUCGCCGAGAGCGUGGGGGAUGACCUGAACUUGGGGAAAGCCUACGAGGCCAUCGCCAAGGUCCUGCAGAGCCAAGGACAGACGACGGAAGCAAUUGAAUACCUGGAAAAGUUUGUGAAAAUAGCGAGAAACAACUUCCAAAGCCUCGAUGUGAUACAUGCGUGCACAAUGCUUGGUGACAUCUACAAUGAAAAGGGGCAGUACAGCACGGCUUCCGAGUACUUCCAGCAAGCCUUCAGUACCGCCGUGGAGCUAAUGAAAACCGCACUGAUGGAUGAAACCAAAGUCCACUAUGGGAUAGCCAGAGCCCACCAGAUGAUGAUGACGAUGACCAACUACAUAGAAUCUGCAGAUUUGGACAGCCUCAACUGCCUGCUGUCCUGGAAGGAGAGCAGAACUCAGAUCAAAUAUGACCCGGUUCUCGGAUUGACUAGGAGAGCCACAGAAGAUGACAUAUAUCAUUACCCAGAUACACAGGAAGAAAUCACAAGAUCUCCAGAUAAUCAAUAAAAUGGAAUUUAAGUGGUUCGACAUGGAGGCAAGAAGAAAUUUAGCACAUAGCCUUAGACUUCAUUCGAUAGGAGCAUGUAAGAAGUGAUAUACAGCUGUAAAAAAAGAUUAGGAUUUUUUAUUGAAUUUUUUUUGCUGCAGUGACUAUGGCAAGUUUAUGAAGAUGAAGAGCAGCUCGCAUGAUUAGAAAGAUCAACACUUGCUCACAAAAUAAACUCUGAAAUGUC